GAUAUGGGACUGUAUCUACAUUCUACAAAUUUUACACAACAAUAAAUUCAAAUAUUAAAUUUAUAUUUACUAUUUUACUAUUUUCAUAUGUACCAUUGUCCAUUUAGUACCUACGUAAUAGGUAUAGUGGUUUUAAAUUUGAAUUUAUUUAUAGUUGAGUUUCAAUAAGCUUUUAAACGUAUAAUCGUUUUUCUCUUAUUAAUUAUUAUCAAAUACCAUAUCAUAUAGUAAUUGUACUAUUUAUACAACGACGAAAAUGGAGGUAAAAAAUCCACAAGUAGCCGUACUCUGUAACAACGAGGUUUUUGAAUUACUAAAAAAAACUCAAGAAAAUACAAAACUCAUUGGAGGCAUGAACCAUUCAACAAUUUUAUAUGAAGUUAACAAGUAUUUAGAGCAAAGAGCAUGUGCAGAACAGAAUCCAAAUAAAAUAAGGGAAUUCCUUAUCAAAUUAAAACAUAUGCCAAUUAAUCUGUCAAAAAAGGAAAAACUAAUGUUAGUAAACGAUCCACCAGACUCAGUUUUACGAUUAUCCUUGGGUAUCAAAGAUUUCUAUGAUAGGCUCAGUGAACCAGAAACUGAAAUGUUAUUAUUUGCUACAAAAAAAUUUUCCGGAGAGUUCCAAAUUAUUACUAAGCAAGAACUAGUUGAAGAAGAAGAAGAAGAAGAAGAAAAUAAUUAAUGAAUGGCUUUUUAUAAUAGUUAAGAAAAAUCAAGACUGAUAUUAAAAAUACAAUUGUAUACAAUUAUUUGUGCAUCAGAAAUUUAUUAUGUGACAUUUUUAAACUUAAAUUUGUUAUUGAAACUUUAUAGUGUUUGAGUAUUGCUU